UUGAACAAUACAAUAAAUACGUACUCCAGUUUUCAUUUCCCUUUAAUGUGAAUAUUCCAUGCAACGUUCCCGAAAUGCGCAUGGCCCAAAAACACGUGUAUAAACGAUAAACCUAGCGGUAAUAUUUCAGUCUCACCUGAAAAUUCACCGCUGAAAUUUUCACACCAAACAAUGUGACAAUGUGGUCGGUGAUAUUUCCUUGUCUAUUAAUUAUUGCAUCUGGAACUUCCAUAUCUCAACUUAACUACAAAAAAUUAAAAUAUCAGGUGGAAAUUGAAGAAUGGCUUAAUAGAAUUGAACCGACUAUCGGAGAAUUUAGGGCACUAAUUUACCGCCUAGAUUGGAAACUGCAAGUACAUGAUUAUGAUCACAAAAAUUUUGUUCAAUUACGGAAUACAAUGAAGGUCAGAAACAUAUGGCAGAAUAAAAUUUGUUCGACCAAAUUGAAAUUUAACUGGUUAACCGAUAUCCAACGCAGGAAACUCUAUCUGUAUUGUAGAGGAGAAAAGCUAUCUGAUGAUAUCUUGAUACCGUAUGCCAGAUUGAUGGGAAAAACUCUGGAAAGCUAUCAGCAACCAGUUUGUUUUCCAAAAGAGUUACCAUUUGAAAACAACGAAUUACCGGAAGAUUUUCCCAAACCUGGUCAAUGCGUAAACGGCGAACCAGACUUGGAAAGAUUCAUGAGGAACACUAGUCACAAUCCAGAGCACUUAAAAUUCAUCUGGAAAAUAUGGCAUGACAAUGCUGGUUAUAGAGUAAAAGAUGACUAUUAUAUUGGAGUUUUAUUGCAAAAUUCUGUUGCGAAGAAGAGCGGCUAUAAUGACAUGGGGGAAGUGUGGAGAGAAGAACUGGAGAUACCGAAUUUGGAAGCCUAUAUUCACCAACUUUACAAAGAAAUUGAACCGUUUUAUGUGGCAUUACAUGCAGUGGUCCGUCAUAAGUUGUUUCUAAAAUAUGGAAGUAAAAUUAUUGAUAAAACUGGACCCAUACCAAUUCAUCUUUUAGGCAAUAUGUGGGGACAAGACUGGUCCUCUCUUAUUGACUUGUUCGUUCCAGAAGAUCAGUUGAUUGGUUUAGAUAAACGAUUAAAAGCCACUCACUUUAAUGAGAGAAGUUUGGUACUCGAGUCGGAAGACUUUUACACUUCUCUAGGUUUACCGAGGCUGCCCGAGCUGUUCUGGAAAUAUUCGGUCUUUGAAAAGACAGACAACGAAACAAUUUGCCACGGCACGGCUGGUGACUUAUUUAAGGGUGAUUACAGAAUGAUCAUGUGCGGAGAGGUAUCGAUGGAAGGUCUUUACAUAAUCCAUCACGAAAUGGGGCACAUCUACUACUACAUGGCUUACGAACAUCAGGAUCCGUUAUUUCAGGAUGGCGCUAAUAGUGCAGUCCACGAGAGCAUCGGAGACGCAGUUAUGCACGGAGUUAUGACACCCCAGCACCUAAACAGAAUUGGGAUACUAAAGGAUAAAGAACUGUACAAUCCGGACGUCGAAACUUUUCUCCUGUUUAAACAAGCUCUCAACAAAAUCCCCGAGUUACCCUUCGCCCUGGUCGUUGACAAAUACAGAUGGGACAUUUUCAGAGAAACCAUAGGCUAUAACAAUUUCAACAGAGCUUACUGGAAGAUGAACCUGAAGUAUCGCGGAGUGGUACCACCUGAAGACCGUGACGAGGACAAUUUCGAUGCUGGAGCAAAGUUUCACGUACCCGAUAAUACACCGUACACAAGAUAUUUUCUUAGCGGCCUAAUGCAGAUGGAUUUCUUCAAAAGCUUUUGUGAACUCUCGUUAUUUAACAAGACCCACACAACGAACGAGGAAAAAAUUCCUUUGCAUAGGUGCGACAUAUAUGGAUCAAAGGACAGUGGACAAAGGCUUUGGUCAAUGAUGGAGAAGGGUUCGAGCAUCACCUGGCGCGAAGCUUUGAACAUUAUAUCGGGACAAACUGAUAUAUCUACCAAAUCUCUUUUAGAGUAUUAUGAGCCAGUAUAUAGAUGGCUUCUAAAUUACAUAGAAGACAACAAUGUAUAUGUUGGAUGGUAAACAAAUGUAUUAUGUAGUUCAAUGUAAAACAUGUAACCACUUAAACCCCUUUACGGUGUUUUAUUUCGUAGUAUGUAGAGAUGUUGUGUUGUACUAAAUGGCUAGAGUUAACCUCAGUUAGGCUAUGUCCACAACAAGUCUACAGACAAAGCCUAGGAGAGGCUACCCCUUGAUCCAUUUUCACUAUCUGUCCCAAGAAGCUGAAAAAGGCUGAAAAUAUAACUUCAAGUAUUAAAAACCUAUUUAUAUUGAUAUAUAAACUCUGUAAAAGUAAAAUGAAAUUAAAAUAA